AUGAAGACCAACUCCAUCGCUCUCGUCCUGGCUACUGCCACUUCCGCCCCUCGCGGUUCCCACCCCUACCUUGAAGCCUCUGGAGCUCACGGGGCUCAACGCCGGAAUCUACACCACCAGCCUCCCGCAGACUGCCCUCAAAUAAACUUGAAUGAUACUAAGCGCUCAUACAGGUCAAUUGGUAUGGCUGGCAACAAGACUUACAACUGCACCGACAAGGCAUACCAGCUUCACCUCCCAAAUGGCAUCUACAAUGUUGAUCACUUCGAUUUCGGUGUCUCCCGUGCGGAUGGCUCUGCAACUGGACGGGCCACGCUGAAGGACGGCGGCGGGUGGAAAUGCAAGAAGCAGGAGGCUCCUUUGGAGCAGUGUAACUGGGAUGGUACCUUCUAUCUCGAUGUUGUGCCGUCUGGAAUCCCGUCUGCUCGAUCUGUUUGA